CCUAAUCUUGAACGAUCCGUGUCGUGUGUUGAGCAGUACAGCGGCUUCAACACAGACAUGCGUCAGAGCGUAAACAUUGCACGUUCUGCACAAUUACUAAUAAACCUGCUAUUUAUGGAUAUUUAGCGAGAAGAAUUUUAUAUGCAUUUAAAGGAAACCAUGCACACCGUAUUCUUGUGUGUUUUUGUUGCGUUAUUCUCAGUGGCUCUUUCCAUGGACUUGGAAGAGAGACCCAGCUCCUUGAGGAGUGAACAAACCAUGUUUCUAAAGAGUCACAAAUCUCGAAAUCUACUCAGUUUUAGAGAUUUACACCAACCGGACCAUGUGAAGAUGAAAAGGAGCGAAGAUUCCGCGCAAAAUCAAUGUGAAUCAUUGCACGGCUAUAAAUCCACAUUAGAAAACAACACUCGUACGUAUAACUUCAAUGACCUGAGUGGUUCAGUAUCUUUGGCCUGGGUUGGAGAUGGCACCGGGGUAUUGCUGGUGCUGACCACUUUCCAGGUUCCUCUUUUUAUCAUGCGGUUUGGUCAGUCCAGACUCUACAGAAGUGAAGACUAUGGACAGACUUUUGUGGACAUCACUGACCUUAUCAACAACACCUUCAUACAGACAGAGUUUGGCAUUGCAAUCGGUCCCGAAAAUUCAGGAAAGGUGAUCCUCACAGGUGAUUUAACUGAGGGGAGAGUCACCAACAUUUUCCGUUCAGUUGAUUUUGGGAAUAGCUUCGUGACCUCUGAGCUUCCCUUCCAUCCCCUAAUGCAGAUCACCUACAACCCCCAAGACAGCAACAUACUCAUGGUCUACAGCAUCAAUUAUGACUUAUGGCUCUCUGAGGACUUUGGAGCCAACUGGAGGAAGAUCCAUGAAACAGUUUGCCUUUUGAAAUGGGGAGUAGAUAACACAAUUUUCUUAACCACAAACCCCAAUGGAUCCUGCAGUGACCGGGGAAUGCUAGAAUUGAGAAAGUCUUCAGACUAUGGCAGAACAUUUAAGACUAUCGGGAGCAAGAUCUAUUCUUUUGGGAUUGGUGGACACUUUGUUUUUGCAUCUGUCAUGACCGACUCUGGCUCCACACGUAUGAUUCAUGUGUCGGUAGAUCAAGGUGAGACGUGGAACAUGGCUCAGCUUCCCACCGUUGGCCAUGAACAGUUCUUCUCCAUUUUGGCCGCAAACAAUGAUAUGGUCUUCAUGCAUGUAGAUGAACCUGGAGACUCCGGUAUUGGUACCAUCUAUGUUUCUGGUGACCGGGGCACAGUGUUUUCCAAGUCCUUGGAACAUCAUUUGUAUACAAGGACGGGUGGAGACACUGACUUUACUAACAUCACCUCUCUGAGAGGGGUCUAUAUGACCAGUGUGCUCGCAGUGGAUGGCUCUGUCCAGACAGUGAUCUCAUUCAAUCAGGGGGGAGAGUGGAGACCUCUGCAGAAGCCCUGGAACGGUGUGUGUGACACCACAACCGACCACCCAGACAAGUGCAGGCUGCAUAUUCACGCCUCCUACAGUAUUUCUAUGAAACUGAAUGUGCCUAUGCAGCCCCUCACAGAGCCCAGUGCUCUGGGACUCAUCCUGGCCCAUGGGAGCGUUGGAGGAGCCGUUUCUGUGCUUUCUCCAGACGUGUACGUGUCAGACGAUGGGGGUUACACAUGGUUUCAAGCUCUGAAAGGCCCACACCACUAUGCCAUCCUGGAUUCAGGGGGUCUGUUGGUAGCUGUGGAGCACAACCCCUCACACCCCAUCUCACAGAUCAAAUUUUCCACUGAUGAAGGUCAAUGUUGGCAUGUGUUUAAUUUUACGGAUGACCCAAUACACUUCACUGGAUUGGCAUCAGAACCUGGUGCCCGCUCCAUGAACGUCAGUCUGUGGGGCUAUAGGGAGACUGUCCUUAAUCAGUACUGGGUUUCUGUCACUAUAGACUUCAGGCAGUUGCUCUCCAGAGACUGUCGGGAGAGUGACUAUGUCCAGUGGCUCGCCCACUCCAGCGAUAUUAGUGACCCCACUGAUGGAUGCAUGCUGGGAUACAAGGAGAGGUUUCUACGGUUACGAAAAGACUCAGUCUGCUGGAAGGGGCGGGAAUACACGGUCACCAAGGAGCCAACCACGUGCCCCUGCACCCUUGCUGACUUUCAGUGUGACUUUGGGUUCUACCAUGCAGAAAACAGCUCUGUGUGUGUGGAACAGCCUGAUCUUGUUGGGCAUUCAGUGGAGUUCUGCCUGCAUGGACGCAAAGAGCAACUUCUAACCAGCGGAUAUCGGAAGAUUCCUGGAGAUCAUUGUAAAGGAGGAAUGACUCCAGAAAGAAAAGAGAUUGAUCUGAGUAAGAAGUGUGUUAGUAACUUACUGAGGCCAGAGCUACUGACAGAGUCUCCCUCAGUGAAUUCAGCUCCCAUAAUAGCUGUGGUCCUCACAGUUCUGUUGAUCAGUGCCAUAGCUGGUGUUCUGUUCAUCAAAAAAUAUGUCUGUGGAGGAAGGUUCCUAGUACAUAGGUACUCAGUGUUGCAGCAGCACGUUGAAGCAAACGGUAUUGAUGAUGUGGAUGACCUGGAUACCCUGGAGGUUGGCAAGACGCAUUACCAUGAUGAUUCAGAUGAGGACCUCCUGGAGUGACAUCAAAAUAGUCCAAAUAAUGGACUCAAUGCCAUAAGAGAAAAAACACAAUGACUAUCCAUCCAAUGUCCAUCUAUGUGUGAAUCUGCUUUCCAAUGCCUACCAGAUAAUGAUACAUAUUCAGAUAGUAGUGUGUCUUCCUUAUUCAUUAGAUUCUGACUAGUUGGGGCAAAUUUUCUAAUUUAGCCUAACAAGACCUGACCACGUUCAAGGACAAGAACAGAGAAAAGACUGCAUUUUUCCAAAGAUUUUCCCUAAAAGAGUUUUCUGAUCAACUGCUUCAUGCCCAUAUGUCUGUAAUUGCUUUUCAGUUUUUGUUUUCCAGAAUAUGACAUAGUGUAUUUUGGAUGCAUAAAGGAUUGAUGUGAAUUUCAAUUGACAGUUGCCAUAUAUUCCAAGUUUAUAUACAGUAUAAUGACACCAUGCAUCAGGUGGCUUUCAGCAUAUUGUUUAUCAAACUAAUACUCUAUAUUUCCACUGUUAUUUGAGCAGUAUUUAACAAACAAAAAAAUAGAUCUGACAUACAGUAAGGUUUGAAACAUCGUUAAAACUGACAUAAGUACAUAUUGUUGCAUUGCCGAUUGCGCUACAUCAGCUAUUUAAUUUCACCAAAGGAUUUUUUCUGCUUUCUUUGUUUGCAAAUAUUAAGAAGCUGGUUAGAAGUCUCCCUGAGAUCUUUAGAAAGAUCUGUUUGUCUGUUUUUUUUUUUUUUUUAUUAUUAUUAUUUUCUCAAUCAAAACUGGAUGAAUGUGAAGUGUUUCAAGUUUAACAUUAAAUUGACAACAUUUUCUCAAAAGCCAAAAGCAAAGCCUAAUGUUUGACUGUUUCUGGACUGUUACAGGGGAAUGCACUGUAGAAGUACAUUGCAAAUGUUUUGUAAAGUUUGUAUGCUUUAUUACAAUAAUACCCUUGGUGAUGCGACAGUUACAAUUUGGAUCGUAAAGGAACUUUAAUUAGUUAGCCUAAACUAACUUUAAUCAUUCCUAAUCAACCUGUACUUUGACUUUUACAUGUGACUUUCACUGCCAUUUCUAUUUGUUUUUUUUUUUGUUUUAGUUUUUUGCAAUUGCUAUAUGCUUAGAUAUACUUUGCAUAUUUCUAUGCACAAAAAAAGGUAAAUUAUUUUUCUGUUACUAGUGUCAUUCUGUUUAUGUUCUAUUGUCAUUCGAUUGAAAUGUAUGUUUGAUUAUUGACACAAUAAUUUGGAAAUAUUUAAGAAAUGGCACAUUGUCUUAAAAGCGUGGUUUUCAAUCAUCUUAAAUGUAGCGCACCUUACAUACAGUAAUGGGUGAGACUGAAUAAAUGAGUACAUAAAACAUAACAGCGAUGCAGUAUUAGUCAGUAAUAGUUGUAUAUACAGUAACAAGACAAAAUGUUUAAUGUUAAUAACAACAUUAAGCAUUUUACAUCAACCUAAUUACCAGCCUAAUCAAAUAUGAAAAUGUAUAUUUUUGGGAACUGUUUUGACUGUCAACUCAUAAGCUAAUUUGUAGUAGGUAAGCUGAUAAAGAUUGGAGUGCGGUUUUUUGCAUGCACAAUAAAAUAGAUACCUCAGGGGUUAUAGAUGACUAAUUUCAGUAAUGGGUAUGCAUGGUAAACAAAAUGUCUUUUCUAAAACUUGGAACUUGGCUCUUCUAAAAAGCCAAUGUGUACAAUGCUGUACUAUUAAAUGUGACUGCCAAGGGAAAAAAAUUAAAAAGUCUU